AUGGGUAAUGUGUACGCACAGUUCAAAGCGGAGACCGAGUCUGUCGGUGACCGCAGCCGGCCGAAAGAAGUGAGAAGGACGAGCAGUGAGCAACAGCUGUUCGCGUGUUCUGUGGUCGUCCUGCUGUUCGCCGCGUUGGUCGUGACUGCCGCCCUGGUGACCGGCCACUGGUCGACCAGUCGUGUGCACGUUUGCCACACGACCGACUGCCAGCGGCACGCGACUGAACUGACCCGUCGCCUGGUGGGCGCCGCCAGUCCUUGCGACGACUGGUCACGCUUCGUGUGCUCGGCAUGGCAAAAUGAGCACCCGGGUGCCGACAGUGCGCUGGAGGACGCCGCCAUGCACUGGUCGAGCCGCAUGGCAAACGUGGUGCCCGAGCAGGUAUAUUACCCACCGGAAGCCAGGAAAGCCGUGCACGCCAUCGUCACCUGCCUGGACAGGUCCCGAGAGAACGAGUUAGAAAGCACGAAGACACUGCUGGAGUUCCUCGAGAGACACUUUUGGGAGGCAAGGGCAACGUCCGACCGCCGCACCGGUAGCGACGAGUCCCACCCUACUGUGGCUAGUCUGGUGGCGGAAGUCGUUGACUACGCCGUCAACUGGAUGCUACCGCUACUUUUCAACGUGGCCCUGUUGGCCACCCAAGGCCCGCCAACCGGAAGGGUGAUCGUCCUGUUUCCCUCCGAGCUGGUCCCAGUAUGGUUCAAGGUCGUCACCGAGCAGCGGCAACACGGCACGUACGACUCCACUUGGCAGUACAUAUCCCUGGUCACCAGAGGACUGACUCCGCACUUCGACCUAGACAAUGGCGCGGACAUAGCGGAGGACGUGCUAUCCUCCUUGCGCAAAGUCACUGAAUUUGAACCUGAAGCUUCCGCGGUAGUUACCGUUGGCAAGCUGGGUGAGAUUCUGGGCCUUCCGCCAGGAAAGAACUUAGUGCAAGCUUUCCGUCAAACCUUCGUGGUUAGCCCCGAGAUAGAUGAGAACGACGUGGUUUUCGUGACUCGCCGUAGGCUCCUGGUUACUCUCACAGCCCUUGUGGACUCGCACGGUGCCGACGCUCUGACCGCAUUCGUGCGAUGGUGGGUGUUGGUCAUCGUAGGAUUUCUUGCAGACACCAAUUCCACAAGAGAGCGCGCCAGCGACAGAGACAUCAACGAGAUAAUGACCCUCGUGUGCACGACUGAAGUGGAAGCCACGUACGGCCUCGCACUCAACAGGGCCGACAAAGAGAACUUCGAAGAAGACGAGCUCGACGGCUUACGGAAGGCGCUGGAAAAUAUCAGGAAUACUCUUGUACAAGGCAUUAGCCGCCUUGUCUACCUCGAAGACAGUGCCAAGCAAAUCAUCACAGCGCAUCUUAAGAGCCUCAAGACAGAACUCUGGGGUGACGUUGACAAAUUAAGAGACGGCAACGAGUCACUCCCCGCGUUCGCCGACUUUCCUGUCGCUGAUGGACCGUUCAUGAGGUACUGGGUGUCAAUACGCGAGUAUGCGCGCUCUCUGAACCGUGCGCAAAGAUACCGGCUUCCGUACGUGCAGCGGAGGACAACGCCUAGCACUUUGGUUUACUAUGAGCCCAUCUCGAAGACGGUCGUCUUAAACCACGCGGCGUUAACCUCUCCGUACUACUAUCCUGGGGGAUCGAAGGCGAUGUUUUAUGGGGGCAUCGGCUUCUGGUAUGCGAAGGCUCUUGUGCAAGCACUAGACUAUGAAUCCGAAGGCAUCUUCACUCCGGAAGACGAAAAUACGGCACUGCGACCAUCGCCCAUUUACAAGGGAAAAGGCGUCUUGAGACGAUGUUCUGACGGAUUUUUCUACAGAGACGAGUUUCCCGACAUGGCCGCGAUGGAAGGGUGA